AUGGCAGUGAUGAUUGCCAAGGCUGGACCAGGAAACCAGAAAUCCAGGCCCCACCCCCACCAGCAGCGUGGUCUCUCGGGCAUCACAGACGACGCCCCGCCGCACGCCCCGCCCCCCUCGCCCGCUGGCGCCCGUUUCCAUGGCGACGCGGCACCAGGCCGGGGCAGUCGAGCCACCAAGUGGGAGUGCAGCGACCGCAGAGGCGGCGGCAGAGGCGGCGGCAGCGGCGACAUGAGCGCGGGGGUGGCGGCGGCCGGGCAGCGGCCCCCCAGCUCGGGGCUCCCGGGCUCCCGGGGCACGUCGCGCCUGCGCCCGCCCGCCAUCCUCCAGCCCGCGCAGCACAGCACGCAGGUUGGGCUCAUCGAGGCGCAGAAGCGGGUCGUGGACCUGGAGAAGAGCCUGCAGUUCCUGCAGCAGCAGCACUCGGAGACACUGGUCAAGCUCCACGAGGAGAUCGAGCACCUCAAGCGGGAGAACAAGGAUCUCCAUUACAAGCUAAUAAUGAAUCAAAAGCCAAAGAAAGGCAGCACCUCCAAUUCCAGCUUUCAGUCCAUCAAGUCCGUCUCAAACUCGACCUUGUCAGCCAACUCUCAAGGAAAGGCCAGGCCCCGGCCCAGCUUCUCCAAGAAGCAAGACUCAAAAACUGACAUUCCUCCGAAGACGGACCUGGAAGAGAAGACCCCAGCUGCUGCCCUGUUUCACAAGAGCAAGCGGGACAACGCUCCAGGGGUGCAGGGGCAGGCCAAAGAUGAAGAAGUGGAGACGUCCAGUUCAGCAGCCCCCUGGGUGGCAGGCAGCCAGCACAAGGGCAAGCAGCCCCCCGUGAUGAAUCUGCCCCUGCACUUGCGCAAGCCCACCACGCUUCAGCAGUGCGAAGUGGUCAUCCGCCAGCUGUGGAACGCCAACCUCCUGCAGGCCCAAGAGCUGCAGCACCUCAAGGCCCUCCUGGAAGGGAACCGGAGGAGGCCCAAGGCUGCAUCUGAGGAGGCCGGCCCCAGCUCUCCCAAGUGAGUGAUUCGGCGUGGCCCCCACCGCAUCCCGGUGAGGUCUGCUCUUUUGGGGCUCACUACCGA